CUUUACGUUGAGCUUUUAAAAACUUUAACAGGACUUAAAGAAUGCAAACAUAAUAAUCAUUUUGAAAAUCUAUUUUAAGUAUUUUUGACGAGUUUCUCAGUUUCAAACUAUUUUUAAUCACAAAGUCGAUUAAAUUACCUGUAGUUUCACUGUUGGUUGUUUCUGUCCUGUUUGCUUUAACCUCUGACCCAUUCGGCCAUUUCUGAUCGAAAACAGAAAUGUUUGGAAAUAGAUUUCUGUACAAAUGUGCUGAAACAUCUGCUUUAUGUUGAAGUUAUGGGAUCUUCACCUUCCAGACCAACUCGGCGCUCAUAUCUCCCUAAACCAUGGCGGGAAAUGAACUGGGGAGACAAACAGUCUGACCUGCAGUUUGUGAACAACUUCAGACUUCAGACUGAAGAUCAGCAGCUCAGGAUUCUUCUUCAUGGACCGGCUGGAGCUGGAAAAUCCAGCUUCAUUAACUCUGUCAGCAGCGUCCUGCAGGGCAGAGUGACCACCAUCGCUCCUGUUAAUAAUCCAGCUGAAGACGGAUUCACUAAACAGUACACGAGCUACAAGAUUCCUAAAGGAAAUGAGGAUCAUUUUUACCCUUUUGUGUUAAAUGACAUGAUGAGCCUGAGAAGCGACAGCAGGAGAACCAGAAGAGCUCAUGUGAAAGACGUGAAAAAGGCGAUGAAGGGAAACAUCAGAGAUGGUUACGCGUUCAAUCCUGAAUGCAGUUUGUCCAAAAGUGAUGAACGUUACAAUGGUUCUCCGGAUUCCAGUGACAAAGUUCACGUCCUGGUUUGCGUCAUCGACGCCAGCUCUGAACCUCUGCAGAGAGAAGAUGUGGAGACGCUUCAGGACAUCAGAGACGACGCUGCAGAGCUGGGAAUCCAACAAGUGGCCAUUUUCACCAAAAUUGAUGUAGCCUGUUCCAAAACUAAAAGAGAGAUGAAGAAAGUCUUCAGGAGCAAAUUGCUAUAUGACAGGGUCCAGAACUUUAGCCGCCAGGUUGGGAUCCCCGAGCAGCACAUCUUCCCUGUUAAGAACUACGAUUCAGAGAAGAACGUGAACGAUGAAGUCGACGCUCUGAUUCUGAACGCCCUGAAACGGAUCAUUGAGAUCGGCACUGACUCUCUGAAGAACAAUUAAAACUUGAACGUUUGUCUGUGAAUUGCUCUAAAAAUGGCUUCAUAUUGAGCAUCAAUGCAAAACUUUUUCUUGAACGUAAAAUAAAGCUGUAAUUUCUUACAAUGCUCUACAACUGUAACAAGUUGUUUCAUUAAGACGGCAGCCUUCAUAAUAUUUAUGCACAUAAACAUGUGAAGGAUGAGUCUAAAAACUUUCUAAAAAAUAGUUUUGGUUUCAACCAGAUUCUGGAAAAUUUCACAGAAUUUUGUGGAAAUAAAAACAA